AUUUCCUCCCCAUAGCCAGCGCGUGUGGUAGCUGGAUGGGCAGUAAGCGUUGAAUAGAGGAAUUACCAGUGAAAGAGGGUGAUUUAUGAGAAAACUUUAGAUUUAUGAAGUUAUGUUUUUCGGAGACGACGCAGAAUAUCUGUAGCUUGAUAUAUUGGACAUAUCAAUAGAAUUUCAAAUAAGAAGUAAAUAAAACAGCUUCGUUGAAUUAAAUACCGGUAGACGUUUCAGCAUUUCUUAAUUAGCCGGUUCUGGUGAAAUGUUUACUAAACAGGGAACAGAUAGCGAAGCAUAAUACAUGUUAUCAGGUCAUUAAUAUUACAAAGGGGACUCAUUCUAUAGUACCAAAAUGAUUUGCGUGUUGCCAUACUUGCUAUAUAUUUUGUUGAUUAUGCUGCCUGUAAAUGAAAGCGCAUCGACGGAAGACAUUGACGUACUGAUCAUUUUGCCAAAAAACAACUCUUAUCAUUUUUCCAUUUCAAUGGUUGCGCCAGCCAUAGAUUAUGCUCAGAAAAAGAUGAAAUCCGUUAACGGACUCUACUCAGGACUCAAUUUCAAUUUUCAUUAUGAAAAUUCUAAUUGUGGCGAUGAGGCACUCUUUCGUCUGGUGGACAGAUCCUGUCAAAAGAAACCAGACUUGAUUCUUGGCCCCGUCUGUGAAUACGCGGCUGCGCCUGUUGCAAGGAUGGCAUCACACUGGAACAUCCCAGUAAUUUCGGCAGGUGCUUUGGCGUCCGGUUUCAGCUAUAAGAAGGAAUAUUCGCACCUGACCAGAGUUGCCCCUUCUUACCUGAAAAUGGCGGAGACGUUCUCCGCAAUGUUCCAUCGCUUCAAUUGGAAGAAUGCGUUUUUAAUAUAUGAAGAUGACAUGGAUCAACGGAACUGUUACUUCACCCUAGAAGGUGUUCACAACAUUCUCAAAACGGAGAAUGUCCACAUAGAUGCUUUAAACAUCCACUCUAAAGAUAACAAGGUGGAUUCAGACGAAAUCAUCAAACUUAUCUACGACAGUGAAGUUAUUAUAAUGUGUGCGGGGGCUGACAUCAUCCGUGACAUCAUGCUGGCAGCCCACCGCCGUAGACUGACCAACGGCAGUUACAUCUUCUUCAACAUUGAGUUGUUCAACUCCUCAUCCUAUGGGAAUGGAUCAUGGAAGAGGGGGGACAAAUUUGACAUGGAUGCCAAGCAGGCAUAUGCCACACUCAACACCGUGACGCUUCUGAGGACUGUCAAGCCAGAGUUCGAGGACUUUUCAAUGGAGGUGAAGAAGUCCCUCCAAAAAGCAGGAAUUCGACAUUGUGACAGUGACAAUAUCAAUGUUUUUGUUGAGGGGUUCCAUGAUGCUCUGCUCCUGUAUGCGAUGGCCAUUGUGGAAGUUAAGCAGAAUGGCUCCAACAAGACAGAUGGAGCCCAAAUUACACAGCACAUGUGGAACAGAACCUUUGAAGGCAUUGCCGGCCCAGUGUCCAUAGAUGCCAACGGCGAUAGAUAUGGGGAUUUUUCUGUGAUGGCUAUGGUAGACCAUGAGACAGGCACCUAUGAGGAUGUGAUUAACUACUUCGGCAUUAAUGGGAGUUUUCAGAUGCUGCCAAGAUUCAACAAUGACCGGUUCACUUUGAGAGCAAGACACCAAAUGUCAAUGCCAGACUACUCCACCAAAUCAUGUGGUCUCGGGGUGUCUGCUGUCACUGGUAUCACAUUUGGUGCUCUCCUGGGGGCUGCAUUACUAAUGGCAUUCUAUUUCUUCAGGAAGAACUAUAGAAUAACGAUUGAGAGACGGACUUCGCGUGACAUUGGGAAGCACCGGCAGCUGAGGGAGGACUCCAUCCAAUCAAGCUUCUCCACAGCCUAGUAUGCAUAAAAUGGUCGUCAGUGUUUCUGUUCCCUUGGAGACAUGUCAUGGGGUUGUGACCAAAGCAUGUUGACUAACUCAAAUUAUUUAAAAUGUAAUUCUGAAAAUAUUUUCCCCCUUCUUGAACUCAGGAAAGUCAUCAAUCACGUGUUGCUAAGUGCAAGGUGGGUUUCCCCUCAGCACGAAUGGAGGUUGCUACCUUAUUUGUAGUGAUGGGAGAGGGAGGCGUCAAGGCCUCCAUGAUAUGCAGGGCUUCUAUACUAUGUGCCAUCAGUCUCUGUACUUAAGAUUUGUGAGUUGGUGGUAACACAUGGCAGGUUCAUCUAUUCUACAAAGCGUAUGGUAUUCUUGUUAAGGUGCUGCUCAGCACAUACGGUACAGUAACACAAAUCUUGCCUUUAACAUUAGGGAUUUCAAACUCAUAUCCAGAAUGACUGCAGUGUCUGAUUUUGGGGCGUGCUUCAUUAAGUCACUGAUGGGCUAAAAUGUUCCCAUUCCCAAAAAUUUUAUUUUUGAGAUCUCAGCUUUAUUUGAUAAUAAAAUAUUGGAAACAUGCAUAAUUAUUUUUAAAAAAGGUGAAAGAAUACAAGACUACUUUGCAUCGAUCAUCUUCAAAAAUUGUGCAAUCCCUAGAAAGGAUGGGCAAACUCUGUCAGCCAUCUCACACUGUACAUAAGGAAAUGUAUCACUUCCGCUGAUUAGUGUUUGAUAUAAUAAUGCAUUUUUAUACUAGAAAUAAACUUCUUGUGAAUCUGUAUUAUUCCACAGCAACUAAACACUGCAUGUUAGGGUGCUUUGUCCUGUGAUCAGCUUUAGAGAAAAACUCUCAUCAGCUUCCAGUAAGAAUCAGAUGGUUUUCUUUUUAAAAUGAAAUUUUGAUAAAGGCAGAAUAUUGCACAGUACAUUUGAAACUGCUAAACUUUGUGGAACAUUUUUGGAAGCUAUUGUAUCCAUCUUCCUGCAAAGGCAGAUCAUCCUGCUCAUGAAAAUGUUUUGGCCUACUUUAUCUUUAAUAUACUUUCAGAAGUAUUUAUUUUUGCUAGAAUGUUCAUUUAUCAACAUAUGAACAUAUGAGCUUCUUUUAAUAAGCUUGCAGUGAGUUAACAGUCUUAAUUGCUAGCCUAAACUGUGUAUGUAUUUUUUUUGUUGUUGUUGUUGUUUUUCUUUUGUAUGAAAUUGUCACUGUGCUUUUUCAAGGGUUGAGAGGCUGUUCAAUUUUCUUUAGUAUAAAUCAGCUGAUAUCCUGUAUUUCUGGUUCUCACAUACUUUGGAGGCUUGUACAUCUAUAAUUUGUUAACAAUUGCCUGUUAAACAGCAUUUGAUAUGGCUAUGAAAAUGCUAUAGAAAUAUGAAAUUGAUAUUAUCAUAUUUCCAAUGUUUUAGGUGUAAAAAUAUUAAUGCCAUUUUUCUUAUGAACUUGUAAAAAAAAGUGAAUUGAUUAGUAAAUUUCCGAGCCAUCAGUGGAGUUGAAUUAAUCAGAAUAUUUCCACAUGUAAACCUCUAUAUGGAGCCCCUAAAUGGACAUAUGGGUGAGAAAGAAGAAAAAAAAAACACUUUUGUAAGAUUUAACACUUUUGCUCAUAAAACAUUUAACUUUCUUGGAUCAAAGUAAAGGCACUUUCAUUUUCUAGUCGCUAGUGAAAACUAGCUACAUAGUUUCUGUCAGUGUUCCAAGAGACAGCCAUAAAGUCAGUUUAUCAACCCAGCUAGCCAGAGCAAAUUAAAUGUUUUGCAAGAUAACGCGAAGGUUUUGUGAGAUAUGGCGAGAGUAUUUUUAUCACCCAUGUCCCUUUAGGGGCAUACCUCUAAGAUUAAUUAACAUUGGACAGCAAAAAAAUUAUUUAAGAAGUCAUAUUUGUUCCUUAAUUAAAAGUUUAUCAGUUAGUACACUCUUUCUAGACUGUGAUCAAACCUGGUAAUACCAAACUGAACUCAAUGUGUUGAGGCAGAAUCUGGGCGAAUUCAGUUUCCUUUUGUUUUUCUUCCUGUAAGUGAUAUAAACAGAUGUACAACAAAUCUGGAAUGCAACAUUGUCAUCAAAUAUUGAAAUCAAAUGUUUUGAGACUUCAGUGGUGGAGUCGGCGCUGAUGAUUUAAUUAAUGUGGAUAUUUUACAAAGUGAUUAUGCUGUAUUUUAUUGUAAUAUUCCCUGUAUUUUCUGAAUACAUGUACAUGUAACCAACUGGAGAAUGACUUAAAAUAGAGGAUGUAUAUAUUUUUCAGGUUUAAUUGAAACACAUGUAAAGUGUUUUAUUUCUAUUUGCUUUUUAAAUGAAAGAUUUCUCUUUAAAUAUAUAUUAAAUCUUGAUAUUUGCAA